AUGUUGACAAAAAUUGUCCUGUCGCUCCUGCUUGUCGUUGGAUCCCCAGUUUUUUCCAUUCCUUUGAACACUCACACAACUGCUGUUAACCUUGCCGCUAAAUUUAAAGUAGCUGGUGUGACUAAUAUCGUCGCAGGCGAUAGAGCACGCGCUCAAGCGCUGCAUCAGGCUGCGACAUCCGGCGAGCACUAUGCAAAUGCAUCCAUCACCAACGUUGCACCCAUAGGUUACACCAUACAAGUUGGUAUCGGUAACCCAUUGAAGCACUAUGGACUUCUUGUGGAUACUGCCAGUGGUAAUACGUGGAUUGGAGCAGACCAGGAUUAUACAGUUACCAGUACCAGUACUGGCACUGGAAACACGGUCUCUGUGUCCUACGGUUCCGGCAAUUUUUCCGGGAAAGAGUACCUAGACACUGUCACGCUGAACUCAUUGAGCAUCAGUGACCAAUCGGUCGGGGUGGCGAGCGAAUAUCAGGGCUUUCGCGGUGUCGACGGCGUCCUUGGCAUUGGUCCGGUGAGCUUGACAAAGGGCACAGUGUCUAACACGGACACAGUUCCCACCAUCAUGGACAACCUCUUCAGCCAAAAUUCCAUACAGUCUGAGGUCCUUGGUGUUUACUUUGUCCCUGUAUCGCAAGAGGAUUCAACUGGCACACUCACUUUUGGUGGUUGGAAUAGCUCUUUAAUGACAAGUGACAUCACAUAUACCCCCAUCACAACUGCUUCACCUGCUUCUAAUUACUGGGGAAUCGAUCAGUCUAUCACUUACGGCGAUUCAACCAUCUUGUCUUCAUCAGCGGGUAUUAUCGACACUGCCACUGUACUCAUUCUAAUUGCAACUGAUGCCUUCGAUACUUACAAGACUGCCACUGGUGCUACCUUGGAUGAGACUACGGGGAUGCUCAGGAUCACUGCAGACCAAUACAGCAGCCUGAAACCCCUCAUAUUUACCAUUGGAGGGACUGCGUUCACACUCACUCCUAACGCACAAAUCUGGCCUCGCUCGAUGAAUAGCAUUAUCGGUGAUACCAGCGGCAAUAGCGAUAACAUUUACCUUAUCGUUGCGGAUAUUGGCAGCAAAACCUUCAGUUUUGUCAGUGGAUACACAUUCCUUGAACGUUUUUACAGCAUAUUUGAUACCACAAACAAGCGUGUUGGAUUCGCCACGACAGCGUAUACCGAGUCGGCUUCGAACUGA